AAACAAUUAUCUGAAAAAACCAUUAAUAAUUAUUAUACCUCUAUUGAAGAGAUGAUUAGAAGAGUUGAAUUAGGAAAACAUCAAUAUUCUAAUACAACAAAAGCUCAAAUGUUCAUAAAUAGACUGUAUUCUGAACUCUAUAUGGUAGUGUCUUUAUUAAACCCUAAUAUAUUAGAAGAUGCCUAUGCUAGAACAAAGAAAAAGAAAAAUAUUAAAGAAAGAGAGAAUACUAUAAGGUUAGAUGAAACUGAAAAGAUUUUAUUUCAAAAUACUGAUAUGGAUAAUAGGAAUGAGAUUGAGAACUUAGUUAAUAACAUUCAAGAAGUAAUUUCUGAUUUUGUUAAAGAAAAAAAGAAUGAGAAUAAAAAUGACAAAGACUCCAAAUUUCAACAGAAAAAAAAUGCUAAAACAAGAUGA